AUGACAGCCCCGCGAGUCGGGAGAAGCUGCUGGGACGUGAGCCCCACCAAGCCGCGGCCGCCGGUGGGGCUGCCGGGCUCCGCGGCGGAGCUGGCGGUGGCCUCGCCACCGGUCCUGUCUCUCAGCCACUUCUGUAGAUCUCCUUUCCUCUGCUUUGGAGACGUUCGCCUGGGAACUUCGCGGACGCUGCCUCUGACCGUAGUCAAUCCUAAUGAAGAGGUGGCUGAGGUGAAAAUCUCCCACUUCCCGGCCGCGGACCUGGGCUUCGGCGUGUCGCAGCGCUAUUUCGUGUUACAGCCUAAAGAAAAAAUUAUUAUUUCUGUUAACUGGACACCAUUCAAAGAAGGCCGAGUAAGAGAGAUUGUGACAUUUCUUGUAAAUGAUAUUCUGAAACACCAAGCUAUAUUACUAGGAAAUGCAGAAGACCAGAAAAAGAAAAAGAGAAGUCUUUGGGAUACCAUUAAGAAGAAGAAAGUUUCAGCCUCUUCAAGUUGUAAUGGAAGGGUUUCAAAUAUUCAAAAUGUUAAUAAAACCUUUAAUGUUUCCCCCAAAGUUGACAGAGUUAGAAGCCCUUUACAAGCUUGUGAAAAUCUGGCAAUAAAUGAAGACUGUUCCCCAAGAGAAAAAAAUUCUUUAACUCUUCAAGAAGAUAAAUUACCCAUAUCACCUAUUAGUCCUACUUUCAAAGAAUGCCAUGCUGAAACUUGCUUACCCCUUUUUAUACACCCAUCUACUACCUGCUCAUCUCCUCACAUUUCAGAAAACGGGGAGUUAUUGCAAGUAGAAGGUGCCAACAUUUCAAAAGAUUUUUAUUUUAGUGAGAAAAUCAUAACUGAAACUUCCUUUAAUUCUAUAAAUAUUAAUGACCAACAUGAAGAAAAUAGUAAAUUUACUCUAACUCCAAACUACUCUUCAACUUUGAAUAUCACUCAAAGUCAAGGAAAUUUUCCGAGUCCAGAUUCUUUUGUCAGUAAUAGCCGUGCAAAUAAUAAUGAACUAGAAAUGGUGACAUGUCUUUCAUCAGAUGCAUUUAUGAAAGAUAAUUCAAAGCCUGUCUAUACGGAAUCAAAAACUGUCCAUGAAAUUUAUCGGACAAUUUUAAGUCCAGAUUCUUUCAUAAAUGACAAUUAUGGACUAAAUCAGAAUCUGGAAUCAGAGUCAAUUAAACCUAUUUUAUCCCCAAAUCAAUUUGUAAAAGAUAACAUGGCUUCUAUGUGUACAUCUAAGCAAACAUGUAAAUUAUCACCAUUAUCAAAUGAAAAUUCUCAGGUCCUACAAUCUCAAGAUUUGAGAAAAAGUGAAGUUUUGCUAUGUAUUCCUGAAUGUCAAGAUUCAAAAUCUCCCAAAGCUAUUUCUGAAGAAGCUGUUAAACAGAAAUCAAAUUACAACAAUUUUACAAAACAAGAUCAUCCUAAAUGUUCCACAGUUCAGGAUGUUUCUGGUUACAGCCAUAAUAAACAACCUAAGAAACGCCCAAUACUUUCUGCCACUGUCACUAAAAGGAAGCCCACCUAUGACAGAGAAAACCAGACUGAGAUUAAUAAACCAAAAGCCAAGAAAUGUCUCAACAGUGCAGUAGGUGAAAGUGAAAAAAUAAUAAAUAAUCAAGAAGAGAAAGAAACUUUUCAUUCUUAUCUUCCAAUUAUAGAUCCAGUAUUAAGUAAAUCUAAGAGUUAUAAAAAUGAAAUAACUCCCUCCCUGCCAACAGCUUUAGUUACUCGUAAAAGAAAGAGUGAUGAAAUGAUGGAAGAAACAAAUGUGAGAGUCACAGUUACAGAGCAUACGGAAAUGCAAGAAAUCAAAAGAAUCCAUUUUUCUCUCUCUGAGUCUAAGACAUCAACUGUUAAAAGAACUAAAACUGUGAAAACACCAAUCUCAAAACAUAUUAGCAGCAGAGAGAAACUAAACCCGAAGAAGAAAACUGAUUCACUCAUACUCAGAACUCCUGUUUCUAAAACAAACAAAAGAACAAAACCCAUUGUUGCUGUGGCACAGUCCCAUUUGACCUUCAUAAAACCAUUAAAAACAGGCAAGUAUAUUCCUAGACACCCAAUGCCAUUUGCUGCAAAAAACAUGUUUUAUGAUGAACGUUGGAAGGAAAAGCAAGAACAGGGCUUCACUUGGUGGCUGAAUUUCAUAUUAACUCCUGAUGACUUCACUGUAAAAGCAAACAUUUCUGAAGUAAAUGCUGCUACUCUCCUUUUGGGUUUGGAGAAUCAACAUAAAAUAAGUGUUUCUAGAGCACCUACAAAAGAUGAAAUGUCCCUCAGAGCUUACACUACUCGGUGCAGGUUGAAUAGAUUACGUCGCACAGCAUGCAGUUUGUUUACUUCUGAAAAAAUGGUUAAAGCUAUUAAAAAACUUGAAACUGAAAUUGAAGCUAGGAGGUUAAUUGUGCGAAAAGACAGACACCUCUGGAAAGAUGUGGGAGAACGCCAGAAAGUUCUGAAUUGGCUGUUGUCAUAUAAUCCUUUGUGGCUUCGGAUUGGCCUAGAGACAAUUUAUGGAGAACUCAUAUCUUUGGAAGACAACAGUGAUGUCACAGGGUUGGCUAUUUUUAUUCUGAAUCGCUUACUUUGGAAUCCUGAUAUAGCAGCUGAGUAUAGACACCCGAGUGUUCCUCAUCUAUAUAGAGAUGGUCAUGAAGAAGCUUUGUCCAAGUUUACAUUGAAAAAAUUAUUGCUGUUGGUCUGUUUCCUUGAUUAUGCUAAAAUUUCCAGACUUAUUGAUCAUGAUCCUUGCCUCUUCUGUAAAGAUGCUGAAUUCAAGGCUAGUAAAGAAAUUCUUCUGGCGUUUUCACGAGAUUUCUUAAGUGGUGAAGGUGACCUUUCCCGUCACCUUAGCUUACUGGGAUUACCUGUUAGCCAUGUUCAGACACCAUUUGAUGAAUUUGAUUUUGCUGUUACAAAUCUUGCUAUAGAUUUACAGUGUGGAGUGCGUCUUGUGCGAACUAUGGAGCUUCUCACACAAAACUGGACUCUGUCAAAGAAACUCAGGAUUCCUGCAAUAAGUCGUCUUCAAAAGAUGCACAAUGUUGACAUUGUUCUUCAGAUUCUUAAAUCACGCGGAAUUCAAUUAAGUGAUGAGCAUGGAAAUACAAUUCUAUCUAAGGAUAUCGUGGAUAGGCACAGAGAAAAAACCCUUGCAUUGCUUUGGAAAAUAGCAUUUGCUUUUCAGGUGGAUAUUUCCCUUAAUUUAGAUCAAUUAAAGGAAGAAAUUGACUUUCUAAAACAGACACAUAGUAUAAAGAAAUCAAUGUCUGCACUAUCAUGCCAUUCUGAUAAUAUUAUUAAUAAGAAAAAAGACAAAAGGAAUAGUGGUUCCUUUGAACAAUAUAGUGAAAACAUAAAGUUAUUGAUGGAUUGGGUAAAUGCUGUGUGUGCCUUCUAUAAUAAAAAGGUGGAGAAUUUUACAGUGUCUUUCUCAGAUGGCCGUGUGUUAUGUUACCUGAUCCACCACUAUCAUCCAUGCUAUGUGCCUUUUAAUGCUAUAUGUCAGCGGACUACUCAAACCGUGGAAUGCACACAGACUGGUUCGGUGGUAUUAAAUUCAUCAUCAGAAUCUGAUGAUAGUUCUCUGGAUAUGUCCCUUAAAGCACUUGAUCACGAAAAUACUUCAGAACUAUACAAAGAGCUCCUAGAAAAUGAAAAGAAAAAUUUUCAUUUGGUUAGGUCUGCAGUUAGAGAUCUUGGUGGAAUACCUGCUAUGAUUAAUCAUUCAGAUAUGUCAAAUACAAUUCCAGAUGAAAAGGUGGUUAUUACCUAUUUGUCAUUCCUUUGUGCAAGGCUUUUCGAUCUUCGUAAAGAAAUAAGAGCUGCUCGACUUAUACAGACAAAAUGGAGAAAAUAUAAAUUACAAAGAGAUCUCAAGCGCCAUCAGGAGAGAGACAAAGCUGCAAGAAUUAUUCAAUCAGUUAUAAUCAAUUUUAUAACUAGACAACGUUUGAAGAAAGAGGCCUAUGCAGCCCUGGUCAUUCAGAAAUAUUGGCGAAGAGUCUUAGCACAGAGAAGAUUAUCACUGUUAAAAAGGGAAAAACUGGAAGAAAUUCAGAAUAAAUCAGCAUCAAUUAUUCAGGGGUUUUGGAGAAGAUAUUCCAGUAGAAAAAGAUUUCUGAAAUUGAAAUAUUACUCAGUCAUCCUGCAAUCUAGGAUAAGAAUGAUAAUUGCUGUUACAUCUUAUAAAAGAUGUCUUCGGGCUAUUGUUACCAUUCAGAGGCAUUGGCGUGCUUGUUUAAGAAGGAAACAAGAUCAACAAAGAUAUGAAAAGCUAAAAUCAUCAUCUCUUAUAAUCCAGUCUAUGUUCAGAAGAUGGAAGCGACGUAAAAUACAAUUACAAACAAAAGCUGUAAUAGUAUUGCAAAGAGCUUUCAGAGAAUGGCAUUUAAGGAGAAAAGCUAAAGAAGAAAAGGCUGCUAUGGUCAUACAAUCAUGGUAUAGAAAGCACAAAGAAUUAAGGAGAUAUAUUUAUAUUAGAUCUUGUGUUGUUAUCAUUCAGAGAAGAUUUCGGUGCUUUCAAGCCCAAAAAACAUAUAAAAGAAAAAAAGAAUCCAUAUUGACCAUUCAGAGGUACUACAGAGCAUAUCUGAAAGGAAAGAUUGAGCGCUCCAACUAUUUGCAGAAACGAGCUGCAGCCAUUCAAAUACAAACUGCUUUUAGGAGCAUGAAAUCUCAUAAUUUACAUAGACAGAUUACAGCUGCUUGUGUUAUUCAGUCGUACUGGAGAAUGAGACAGGCAAAAUUCCGAUAUUUAAACCUUCUGAAGAUUAUUGUUAAAUUGCAAGCAUACAUAAGAAAACAUCAACAAUUACAGAAAUUUAAGAAGAUGAAGAAUGCAGCCCUUAUUAUUCAAACUCACUUCCGAGCUUACAUUUCAGGCAGAAAAGUUCUAGCAUCUUUCCAGAAAACACGUUCUGCUGUCAUUGUUCUACAGUCUGCAUAUAGAGGGAUGCAAGCCAGGAGAAUGUUCAUUCACAUUCUCACAUCUAUUAUAAAGAUUCAAUCACAUUAUCGUGGUUAUAUUUACAAAAAGAAAUUUCUGAGCCUAAAAAUUUCUACAAUAAAAUUGCAGUCACUUGUCAAGAUGAAACAGGCACGUAAACAGUAUUUACAUUUAAGAGCAGCCACACUGUUUAUCCAGAAAUGUUAUCGUUCCAAAAAAAUGGCUGCACAAAAAAGGAAAGAGUAUAUGCAGAUGCGGGAGUCUUGUAUCAAACUGCAAGCUCUUGUUAGAGGUCAUCUGGUGAGAAAGCAGAUAAGAUUGAGGAGAAAAGCUGCUAUUUCACUACAGUCCUUUUUCCGAAUGAGAAAGGUGCAGCAGCAUUACCUAAAAAUUUAUAAAGCAAUCAUUGCCAUUCAGAAUUACUAUCGUGCAUAUAAAGCAAAAGUCAAUCAGAGGAAGAACUUCUUACAAGUCAGAAGAGCAGCUACUCGCUUACAAGCAGCUUACAGAGGUUAUAAAGUACGCCAACUAAUCAAACAGCAAUCAGUAGCUGCUCUUAAAAUUCAAACUGCUUUUAGAGGCUAUAGUCAAAGGAUAAAGUAUCAAUCUGUGCUUCAGUCGAUUAUGAAGAUUCAGAGGUGGUACAGGGCUUACAAAACUCUUUAUAACACAAGAACACAUUUUUUAAAGACAAGGGCUGCUGUGAUUUCCCUCCAGUGUGCUUAUCGUGGCUGGAAAGUUCGGAAGCAGAUCAGAAGAGAACAUCGAGCCGCAGUGAAGAUUCAGUCUGCUUUUAGAAUGGCCAAGGCCCAGAGACAGUUCAGACUGUUAAAAUCAGCAGCAGUGGUCAUCCAGCAACAUCUGCGAGCCUGGACUGUGGGAAAGAAGCAACACACGGAGUAUGUUGAAUUGUGCCGUGCAGCACUGAUUCUUCAGUCUACAUGGAAGGGAAAAACAGUGAGGAGACAGAUUCAAAGGCAACACAGGUGUGCUGUCAUCAUACAGGCAUACUACAGAAUGCACAUGCAGCGAAAGAAGUGGAAAAUUGUGAAAAGAGCUGCUCUUCUGAUUCAAAAAUGUUAUAGGGCUUAUUGUAUGGGAAGGCAACAACAUUGUUUAUAUUUGAAAACCAAAGCAGCAGUAGUGAUUUUACAGUCAGCUUGCCGUGGAAUGAAAGUGAGAAGAAGAGUAAAGGAUUGCAACAAAGCAGCAGUCACUAUUCAAUCUUAUUAUAGAGCUUACAAAACCAAAAUGAAAUAUGCAAACUAUCGAGCUUCAGCUAUUAUGAUUCAGAGAUGGUAUCGAGAUAUUAAAAUUACAAACCAUCAACAUGAGGAAUAUCUUAAUUUAAAGAAGGCAGCGAUUAAAAUCCAAGCUGUUUAUAGAGGUACUAGAGUCAGAAGACAUAUUCACCACAUGCACAUGGCAGCCACUUCUAUUCAAGCCAUGUUUAAAAUGCAUCAGUCAAGAGUAAGAUACCAUGCAAUGAGAUCAGCAGCCAUUGUAAUUCAAGAAAGAUAUAGAGCAUAUCAUCGAGGUAAAAUUCAGCGUGAAAAGUUCCUGACAACUUUGAGAGCUAUUAAUAUUCUUCAGGCAAGUUUUAGAGGGAUAAAUGUUAGACAGACUCUAAAAGAGAUGCAGAUUGCAGCAACACUCAUCCAGUCAUACUACAGAAGACACAGACAGCAAACCUAUUUUAAUAAGUUAAAGAAGGCAACAAAAACAGUACAGCAGAGGUAUCGGGCAAUGAAGGAAAGAAACAUUCAAUUUCAAAGGUACAACAAACUGAGGCAUUCUGUAAUAUGCAUACAAGCUGUUUUCAGGGGAAUGAAAGCUAGAAGACACUUACAAGUUAUGCAUAUAGCUGCAACCAUAAUUCAGAGAAGAUUUAGAACUUUAAUGAUGAGAAGAAGAUUCCUGUCUCUCAAGAAAAUGGUUGUUUGGAUUCAGAGAAAAUAUCGGGCACAUCUUUACACAAAGCAUCACUUACAGUUCCUUCAGUUACAAAAGGCAGUCAUUAGAAUCCAAUCCUCAUACAGAAGAUGGGUGGUCAGGAAAAAGAUACAAGAGAUGCACAGAGCUGCUACUGUCAUCCAGGCUACUUUCAGAAUGCACUUAACACACUUGAGAUACCAGGCUUUGAAGAAGGCCUCUGUUGUGAUCCAACAGCAAUACCAAGCAAACAGAGCUGCGAAGUGGCAGAGGCAGCACUAUCUCAGGCAGAGAUGUUCUGCCGUGAUCCUUCAGGCUGCAUUCAGGGGUAUGAAAACCAGAAGAUGUUUGAAAAGCUUGCAUUCCUCUGCAACCCUUCUUCAGAGUAGGUAUAGAUCAUUAGUGAUGAGGAGAAGAUUUAUUUCCCUCAAAAAAGCCACUAUUUUUGUUCAGAGGAAAUAUCGAGCCACCAUUUGUGCCAAGCAUACACUGUACCAAUUCUUGCAGUUACGAAAGGCAGCUAUUACAAUACAGUCGUCUUACAGAAGACUGAUGGUAAAGAAGAAGUUACAAGAAAUGCACAAGGCUGCAGUUCUCAUUCAGGCUACUUUCCGAAUGCACAGAACAUAUAUUACAUUUCAGACUUGGAAACAUGCUUCAAUUUUAAUUCAGCAACAUUAUCGGACGUACAGAACUGCAAAAUUGGAAAGAGAAAAUUAUACGAGACAGUGGCAUUCUGCUGUGGUCAUUCAGGCCGUGUAUAAAGGAAUGAAAGCAAGACAUCUUUUAAGGGAAAAGCACCAAGCUGCUGUCCUAAUACAAAGCACAUACAGAAUGUACAGGCAGUAUUCUUUCUACCAAAAGCUAAAGUGGGCUACAAAAGUAAUUCAAGAAAAGUAUAGAGCAAAUAAAAAGAAACAGAAAGCUCUCAAACACAAUGAGCUUAAGAAAGCAGAAACUUGUAUUCAGACAAAUUUUCAGGACAUGAAUGUAAGGAAACGAAUUGAGAAACAGCAUCAGGCUGCCAUUAUUGUUCAGAAGCAUUUCAAAGCCUUUAAAAUAAGGAAACAUUAUCUCCAUUUUAAAGCAACAGUGGUUUCUGCCCAAAGAAGAUACAGAGCACGAACUGCAAUACGAACCCAAGCAGUUCCUUGUAUACAGUCUUACAGAGGCUUUAAGGUACAGAGGGAGAUCCCAGACAUGCACCUGGCUGCCACACUAAUUCAGUCAUUCUACCGAAUGCAUAGGGCCAAGGUUGAUUAUCAAGCAAAAAAAACUGCAAUUGUUGUUAUACAAAAUUAUUAUAGGUCUUAUGUUAGAGUAAAAAUGGAAAGAAAGGAAUUUUUAGCGGUUCAGAAAUCUGUACGAACUAUUCAGGCUGCAUUUAGAGGCAUGAAAAUUAGACAAAAAUUGAAGAACAUAACUGAGGAAAAGAUGGCAGUCAUUGUGAACCAAUCUGCAUUCUGCGGUUACAGAACUAUAACUCCAUAUGAAGCUAUUACAAGUAAUGUUUCAAGUUACAUUACAGUUCAAGAGUGGUAUAAAGCCUCUCUACUUGCUUGUUUUCAGGAAGCAGAGUAUCAUUCUCAAAGUAGGGCUGCAGUGCCAAUUCAAAAAAAUUAUUAUAAUAUGGGCACAAGAAAAUGGGAAACACAGCAAUGCGAAUUCGCUGCCCUGCAAAUUCAGUCCUUCCUACAGAUGGCUGUGUGUCGAAGAAGGUUUGCUCAGCAGAAAAGAGCUGCUAUCACCUUACAGCAUUAUUUCAGGAUGUGGCAAGCCAGAAAACAGUUUUUACUAUACAAAAAAGCAGCAGUGGUUUUACAACAUCACUACAGAGCCUUUUUGUCUGCAAAACAUCGAAGACAAGAUUAUUUACAAAUCAGGAGCAGUGUUAUCAUUAUUCAAGCUAGAAUGAAAGGAUUAAUACAGAAACGGAAGUUUCAGAAAAUUAGAAAUAGCACCAUCAAAAUUCAGGUUAUGUGGAGGAGAUAUAAAGCCAACAAAUGUUUAUGUGAAGUAAAAGCUGCCUGCAAGAUUCAAGCCUGGUAUAGGUGUUGGAGAGCACGCAAAGACUAUCUAGCUCUAUUAAAAGCUGUUAAAAUUAUCCAAGGUCGCUUCUAUACCAAACUGGAGAGAACACGGUUUUUGAAUGUGAGAGCAUCAGCAAUUACCAUUCAGAGAAAAUGGAGAGCAGCCCUUUCUGCAAGAAUAGCUCGUGAGCACUUCUUAAGGGUAAAAAGACACCGUGCUGCUUGUGUGAUCCAAGCACAUUUUAGAGGCUAUAAGGAAAGGCAGAUCUUUCUUCAGCAGAAAUCUGCUGCUUUGAUCAUACAAAGAUAUAUACGAGCCAGGGAGGCUGGAAAGCGUGAAAGGAUAAAGUAUGUUGAACUUAAAAAAUCUACAGUUAUUCUACAAGCACUGGUGCGUGGUUGGCUAGUAAGAAAAAGAAAUUUAGAACAGAAAGCCAAAAUUCGGCUUCUUCACUAUACUUCAGCUGCCUAUUGUCACCUAUCUGCUCUUAGAAUUCAAAGAGCAUAUAAACGUCACAUGGCAAGGAAGCCUGCUAACAAGCAGGUUUAUUCAGCCAUCUAUAUUCAGAGAUGGUUUCGAGCAAGAUUACAACAAAAGAAGUUUAUUCAGAAAUGUCAUAACAUCAUAAAAAUUGAGCAUGAAGUUCAAGAAUGUCUGAACCAGCAAAAUAGGGCUGCAUCAGUAAUACAGAAAGCUGUUCGCCAUUUUCUCCUUCGUAAAAAACAGGAAAAAUUUAAUAGGGGAAUCACUAAAAUUCAGGCAUUAUGGAGAGGCUAUUCUUGGAGGAAGAAAAAUGAUUGUACAAAAAUUAAAUCUAUACGACUAAGUCUUCAAGUUGUUAAUAGGGAGAGUCGAGAAGAAAACAAACUCUACAGAAGAACUGCACUUGCACUUCAUUCUCUUUUGACAUAUAAGCACCUUUCUGCCAUUCUUGAGGCAUUAAAGCACCUAGAGGUGGUCACUAGAUUGUCUCCACUUUGUUGUGAGAACAUGGCCCAGAGUGGAGCAAUUUCUAAAAUAUUUGUUUUGAUCCGAAGUUGUAAUCGUAGUGUUCCUUGUAUGGAGGUCAUCAGAUAUGCUAUACAAGUCUUGCUUAAUGUGGCUAAGUAUGAAAAAACUACUUCAGCAGUUUAUGAUACAGAACAUUGUAUAGACACACUGUUGGAGCUUUUGCAGAUGUACCGAGAAAAACCUGGUGACAAAGUUGCAGACAAGGGUGGAAGCAUUUUCACAAAAACAUGCUGUUUGUUGGCUGUCUUAUUGAAGACAACAAAUCGAGCCUCUGAUGUACGAAGUAGGUCCAAAGUUGUUGACCGUAUUUAUAGUCUCUACAAACUUACAGCUCAUAAAUAUAAAAUGAAUACUGAAAGAAUAAGUUAUAAACAAAAGAAGAAUUCUUCUAUAAGCAUUCCCUUUAUUCCAGAAACACCUGUAAGGACCAGAAUAGUUGCAAGACUUAAGCCGGAUUGGGUUUUGAGAAGAGACAGCAUGGAAGAAAUUACAAAUCCCUUGCAAGCCAUUCAGAUGGUGAUGGAUACACUUGGCAUUCCCCAUUAGUAAAUGUAAACAUUUUAGUGUAUAUAGUAUAAAGAAAUGUUAAAGCUAAUUGUGAAUAUGUAGUGGGUUUUUGUUCUCUGUAUACAACUUUUAUAAUCUGGCUUUGUAUUAAAAUUAAAUAUAUAACAACUGAAUUUAUUAUAUUCUUCAUUAUUUCUUUUAUUAUUUAAUUUCUUCAUAUAACUAACUAGUAUGUCCAAAGGUGA